UCAUUAGAUGUCACUACUGAGCACUGCAGAGUCACGUGAAUUGUAAUGGUAGCUUUUGAGAAAUAAAAUAAAUGCUCUGGGAUACGCUCAAACAUAUAUAAAUUUGGUUAAUUGUUUUUAGGGUGUAAUUUACGUGUUUCGUAGACAGCAGAAAUGACAGAAUACUGGUUAAUAUCUGCCCCAGGCGAUAAAACUUGCCAGCAGACUUGGGAAACAAUGAACAAUGUAACGAGCAAACAGAACAACCUGUCAGUCAAUUACAAGUUUCAUAUCCCAGAUUUGAAGGUUGGAACACUUGAUCAGCUUGUUGGAUUAUCAGAUGACUUGGGAAAGCUUGAUAACUAUGUGGAACAAGUCACAAGGAAAGUAGCAGCUUAUCUGGGAGAAGUCUUGGAAGAUCAGAGAGAUAAACUCCAUGAGAAUCUUCUUGCAAACAAUAGUGACUUACCGGCAUACAUCACCAGAUUCCAGUGGGAUAUGGCAAAAUAUCCUAUCAAACAGUCACUGCGAAAUAUUGCAGACAUUAUAAGCAAGCAGGUUGCACAGAUUGAUGCUGAUCUCAAAACAAAAUCAACAGCAUACAAUAACCUGAAGGGCAACCUUCAGAAUUUGGAAAAGAAACAAACAGGAAGUCUGCUCACCAGAAAUCUUGCUGAUCUUGUAAAGAAGGAGCACUUCAUUUUGGACUCCGAGUACCUCACAACUCUGCUGGUCAUUGUACCAAAGGCAUCCUUUGCUGACUGGCAUCAAGGAUAUGAGAAACUGACAGAUAUGAUAGUCCCUCGUUCAAGUCAGAUGGUCAGUCAAGAUGGUGACUAUGGGCUCUUCACCGUCACGCUCUUCAAGAAGGUGGUGGAUGAAUUCAAACUCCAUGCACGUGAAAGGAAGUUUGUUGUUCGUGAUUUCACGUACAACGAAGAAGAACUGGCAGCUGGGAAGAAUGAAAUUACAAAACUUGUAACGGAUAAGAAGAAACAGUUUGGUCCACUGGUAAGAUGGCUGAAAGUGAACUUCAGUGAGUGUUUUUGUGCUUGGGUCCAUGUUAAAGCCCUGAGAGUGUUUGUGGAAUCAGUUCUUAGGUAUGGACUGCCGGUGAACUUCCAGGCCAUGCUGCUGUAUCCACACAAGAAGAAUACAAAGAGACUCAGAGAUGUUUUAAAUCAGCUUUAUGGACAUUUGGACAGUAGUGCAGUACAGAGCUCUGGUGCUCAUGAUAGUGUCGACAUUCCCGGCUUGGGUUUUGGCCAAUCAGAGUACUUCCCAUAUGUUUACUAUAAGAUUAAUGUGGACAUGAUGGACACCAAGGUAUAAUUGUGUUGUCUCAUAGCAGCAGUUGGAAGAAUCAUGCAGUUUUACUGGAAUGCAGGCAGUAGUAUUACUGUUAUGUAGUCAUGGGGACAGCAACAGGUUAAAUAGUGACUCCACAAGCAUUCAUGGCAACAGUGAGAAAUGUCACUGUACAGUCUGUAUUCUUAGUAGUGUCACAAAACAGAGAAUUUCUUCUGAUCUUAUUGUUCUUUCUUUUUACAUGCUGACUCAUGAGAGUACAGCAUGUCACAUUCCAUGUGGUGUCAGCUGUUACCUGUAUGUAAAAUAAAACACUCAGAGUGUAAUUAGUUUUCUGCACUACCUGUAGUGUCAUGUGUAUAGAACUGUUGUAUCAAGUUAACAGUAUUCCCCUGUGGUGGUUGUCAUUUUAUAUCCUUUAAUCUUGUUUCAUUGUAUAUUCUCAUGCUGAGUUAGGUAUAUAAAAUAGCACAAAAUAAAAAUCAAAGGAAUUUAUAUGAUACGUCUUUUACUACAUAUCUUUUUUUUAAACUCCUUGAUUUCAGAAUAUUUGGUUCCUUCAUAACUGAUACUGUACUUGCACUCCUUAAAUCUUUUGGAAUUGGAUUCUGUCUAGUUCUCUAUGGGGAAUUAAUUUGUCCAUUAUUAUUGUAAAUGAUGUAGAUAAUUUUAUGUGAUGUGAAUCACAUGCCUUCCAUUCAAUGGAAGAUUAUAUAUACAGUAAAGAAACAAGUUCUUUCCAUCAUCCGUCAUUACACACUUCUCUGUUGAAGAUUGAACACUCAAGUUGACCAGUGUAGUUACAUCUAACAUUGUUCUAAUGUUAUUGUAAGUUGUGUAAAUUAUGUAUUGUGUUCACAACAGAUGUAACCAAACUUAUAUUUUACUUGUAUAUAACAUUCCAUACCAUUAAGAUUGUGAAAAACAUGAGUGAGAAAAUAAAAUUCAUUAAUGCAGAGUUGAGACUU